GUCCACCUAACCCUAAUUCACAGCAUCGAGGAAAGAGGAACAAAAAGAAAAAAAAUAAAGGGAGGGAGGAAGGCGCACACCUCCUCUCCCCUCCUCUCCCCCGUGGAAUUCUUUCUUUGCUCGUCUCGUGGGGAUGCGGAGGCUAUGGCGAUGGUACCAGCAGUGCCUGGCCUCGCACCCGGUGCGCACGCAGGUGGUCAGCUCCGGCAUCCUCUGGGGCCUCGGCGACAUCGGCGCCCAGGCCGUCACCCACCACUCCGCCCGCCCCGACCACCGCGCCAAGAACCCCGAGGAUAAAGAUAGAGAGUUCAAAAUCGAUUGGAAGCGGGUGGGCAUUACAAGUUCAUUUGGAUUUGCUUUUGUCGGACCUGUUGGGCAUUACUGGUAUGAAUACCUGGACCGCUUCAUCCGGCGGAGAUACCAGCCUAGUACGUUCAAAUUUGUUGCCUCAAAAGUUGCUGCGGAUGGUCUCCUCUUUGGACCGGUAGAUCUUCUCUCGUUCUUCUCAUAUGUGGGUCUCGCUUCAGGAAGGAGUGUGGAGCAGGUGAAGGAUGAUGUGAAAAGGGAUUUUGUUCCAGCUCUAGUGUUAGGUGGAACCAUCUGGCCUGCCGUGCAAAUCGCCAACUUCCGCUUCGUUCCCGUGCGAUACCAGCUUCUUUAUGUGAACUUGUUCUGCCUCCUAGACAGUUGUUUCUUGUCAUGGAUUGAGCAGCAAGGAGAUGCUUCUUGGAAGCAGUGGUUCACGUCGUUCCAGAAAAUUGAAGACCACAAGGGUAAGGUUUGAUUUGACUACUUGAGAGUCAUGUAUGGUUCGUCUGGAUCAACAUUUGUAAACUCUGGUUGACCCAAGAAGGAAAUUGGAAAAGAGAAGGCUUGCUGCCAGCAAUUGUUUAUUUAGGCAAACUGCAACCAUUUGCAAUGAACAACAGUAUCAAUGUAGAGAUUUCUUUUUAAUCUUUAA